CUUUACUAAACUCCGCCAACAACCACCACCACCAACGCAAAGGAAGGCACCCCAUCAAUCAGCCGGAAUACGACGAACUUCCCGACUCGAAUCAUCCAAAAGUUGCGAAACAAGAGCACGGCGCAGAACCCAUGGACUUGUCCUCGUGGUUCCGACGCGGCCUUUCAAGCGCAAGCACAAAGACCAAAAACCCAAAUCUCCCAAACCAAUCACACCCAGACCCACAACAAGAAGAAGAAGAGGAACUAUUCGGAGUCACAGAGCAACUCAUUGAGUUCGUCAAGUCCUUCACUUUCGACACCUUCAAUAAUUUCCCUCUCCAAGAACAUGCAAAUUUCAUUGAGGUUGGUGCAGAUGAUGAGGGAGCUGCUUGUGGUGAUGUAACCCCAUCAACUUCAGGCAAUGUCCGGAAGGAUCCUUCCGAAUGGCAAGAGCGGCAUGCUCUUCUUGUGAUCACAAAAGUUAAGUAUAUAUUUUUUGCCAGGGCGUUUUCUACAUAUAAUCAAAGAGAAUUGCUUGUUGGAUAUAUGCUAUGCCCUCGUCGCUUGAGGGAACGUCAGUUUUGGAGAAUAUAUUUUAUGCUUGUCAAGAGCUACGUGAUUGAAUAUGAGCUGCGUGCAGUUCAACUAGCGAAACUGGAAAGUAUGGCAAUGGAGAAUGAGAAAUCUUCAGAGACCAGUGUAUAUGAAGUUGAAAUGGCGGAGGCAAAGCACACAGAGAGCUUAAUGCCUCCCACUCCAUAGAUUACAAUGCAUUUUCUCUUCAGCAAAAGUAGGAACGCAGCAGGUAGUUAUUUGUUUUACUUUAUGAAAAAUAUGCUGAUGAUAUGAUGUGCUUAAAUCUACAUAAUUUUAGUAAGUAAUACAUACUUCGUUUCCUUACUU